AUGGCCCAGAGCAAUGUCCGGUGCGGACACAAAGUGGACUCGACCGUCGUCAAGGUCUCGGGCCGAACAUUGGAGCUGCCUUUGCGAGAUGGCUCUGGAACAGACGCGGGCGAGGCAGGGCCGAAGGAAAAGCAUGGUUCUGGGAGGCCCGGUGUUGAGAGGCCCGGCCCUGAGAACUGGUUUGCGAGAGAACACGCUCCCUCGUGCGCUGCGCAACCUGGCUUGACACCUAGAUGCUCGCGCGGCCCUUCGUGCGCCAGGCUGUUCAAGCACUUCACCUCCAACAUGCUUUACACCCCAAACGUCGUCCCGACACCCACACAUUGA